AUGGAUCAGGCUGCAUUUGUCAAAAGCAACUCGGUUCAAAGGGCCCCUAUGAUACUUCCCAUAGCAGUAACAGUAACAGCAUUAGUCAUUCUCGCGAUUCUCCCGAUUUACUACCCUCUGAGAAGAUACCCGUCUCAAGCAGUAGUGAAGAUCGCCGCUUCCCCUCCAUACCAUUCGGCCCAGAAACUGAUAAAGGCAGUAGAAGAUGAGGAAAAGUGUGACAUCUUUACAGGGGAAUGGAUUCCAAACCCCAAUGCGCCCUACUACACAAACGCUACGUGCUGGGCGAUCCACGAGCAUCAGAACUGCAUGAAAUAUGGAAGGCCCGAUGACGGGUUUAUGAAAUGGAAGUGGAAGCCAGAGGGGUGUGAUUUACCGAUCUUCAACCCGUAUCAGUUCUUAGACAUCGUCAGAGGCAAGUCCAUGGCCUUUGUGGGAGACUCCAUUGGCAGAAACCACAUGCAAUCCUUGAUAUGCCUCUUGUCCAGGGUGGAAUUUCCAAUUGACGACUCGGCCACGGAUGAUGACUAUUUCAGGAGGUGGAAGUACCCAAGUUACAACUUCACCCUGGCAGCAUUUUGGUCACCCUUCUUGGUUAGAUUUCAAAAACCAGGCGCAGCUGACCUCUUCGAUCUUUACCUUGAUGAGUCUGACGAGAAAUGGAGCACCCAGAUUGAAGGAUUUGAUUACGUCAUCCUCAACGCCGGGCAAUGGUACUUCCGUCCGAGCAUGUACUAUGAGAAACGCCGCCUCGUGGGGUGUCGUUUUUGUCAACUAGGGAACAUCAUAGACCUCCCAAUGACUUACGGGUAUAGAAGAGCGCUGAGGACAGCAUUCAGGGCAAUCAAUAGCUUAAAAAAUUACAGGGGUAUAACAUUUCUCAGGACUUACGCACCUUCUCAUUUUGAAAACGGGGAAUGGAACAAGGGUGGAAAUUGUCUGAGAAAGAGGCCGUUUUGGAGCAACGAGACUGCCCUGGAGGCCAACAAUUUAGAGGUUUACUUGACUCAAAUGGAGGAAUUUAGGGCUGCAGAAUGGGAAGGGAAGAAAAAAGGGUUGAGGUAUAGGUUGCUGGAUGUAACUCAAGCCAUGCUUUUGAGACCCGAUGGCCAUCCCAGCAGAUAUGGACAUUGGCCGCAUGAAAAUGUGACAUUGUACAACGACUGUGUGCAUUGGUGCUUGCCUGGACCUAUUGAUUCCUGGAGUGAUUUUUUGCUCCACAUGCUGAAGAUGGAGGGUAGGAGAUCCCACGAGGAAAAGCUUCAACCACAAACGCAGUAA